GCUUCAACACUGAGUUCAUUGACAUCUGUUCCAUCCUCUCAGGGACAGUCCCCUCUGGCUGAGGAGUGGCAUAACCAGUAUUGCUACCUUUGCCACAAUGGAGCUAAAUACUUAUUCGAGUGCUAUUCCUGCCCUCACAUCAUGUACGACCCCUGCUUAGGAUUAGCGCAGUGGCUCACAGACAAGGCCCAUGCCGAGGACAUAGACUUCCAGUGUCCUGGUUGCCACAAACUCGAAGAGGGUGGUGCGAAGUGCAAAGAGCUACAUCCAUACUUUCCAUUCACACACACAGUACUUGGGAAGAGAAUUCCCAUGUUGGAUAAGCCAGUCAUCAUCUCGGGGAUUUGUGAAAGGGCAUCUAAGUCUCAAGUGUGUGCUGAGUCCACCCUUAUUCUUGAGCUUGUCUACACAGGAGUGGAAAUUCAAGGUUUGUUGCCAUCACUCCUCAACACAACCAUUGAGGAAUAUCACACAAGCAACUCCCUUCUGUAUCAAAAAAUAAUCUUCAAUUUUGGUAUGGAUCGAAAGUUUAGUCAGUGGAGUAUGAGGAUCAAAAAACUGGGUGAAAAGUUGGGCACAUACGCCUUCAAGCGCAAGAUCAUAUUUGUUACUGUUCAUAGCGAAGUCACCCACAGUGACCUGUUUGCAGGGAAGGGCGAGAGUGGUGAGGAUGUUGCAAUGGAGGUUGGCGAGUUCAUGAAAUGCCUGUUCACUUCUCCCCUGCAAAACAUGGUCUAUGGUUCUACACUGUUUAUGUUGACUUGUGGCCCUGUGGUUUCCUUUGAACAAUCAUUAGUGGCAUUGAAGCAAUCUAUUGCACAACUCUGGCCAGAGUAUAUGGUCGCAUUCACUGCCAAGGAUUUCCUCAAUGUGGUUGUCAAAAUUUUCAUCAUGUUGUAUGGCGUCGAAGUCUUGAUUGAAGGACAUGCUCUGGAGAAUGUACUCAUGGUACCACAGCCAUCAGCGCCCAUGGGGCACAUCUCUAUCCAUGGGGUGCCUGAAAUGUGGUGCCAUCCAUCCAUGGGCACGAUUGAAGCUGGACCCUCAUCCACCGAGUGGUUAUCACCCAAAGACUCAAGUGUCCACGUGCUGCAAGUGUGCCUUUGA